UUUAACAAAUUGAACUUUCGCCUUAUCUGCUAUAGCUCUCGAUCUCACAGUUCCUCUUCCAGUCAAGUAAGAGACGUUCGUUUGCAGCAAUGGUUUUGACGACGAUCACAAGCGUGGUUCAAUCCUCCUUUUACUGCUCCUCCGGUUCUCCUGUGUUAAUUUCCUCGAGAACACCCUCAGUUAAACAAAGCCAUGCCUUUUUUCUCAACGGCCAAACAAGCUUUUCGCUUUGCUUGUCAAACCGAGUUUCGCGUCUCCUAGUUGGGAAGCCCCAGAACAGAAGGUUUCGCUCCGUUUGCUUCUUUAAUAAUGCUGGGGAAAAAUCCAAAGGCAGUUCCCAGGAAGAGGAAACUGGAUCAGACUGGUCGAUUUUGAAGCAGUGGGAUGUGCCUUGGGAAUGGCAAACUGUGUCUUUGACUUCCCUUGCUUGUGGAGUGAGUUUUGUUUUGACAGGAUUGGUAGAGGCUGCAGCUAUACCGUAUCUAGGAAUUCGUAUUGAGGAGUUGAGUUUGGAUGAGAAGGCAGAGAUUCUGUUUCUUGAUCAGGGCAUUACAACUGCAGUUAUACUUGCGAUUUUAUAUAGUGUCUCCAAGAAUUUCCAACCGUUGCCUGAGGACUUUUUCCGCUAUGAUGUGAAGGAACCUUUCAGUCUGCAGAAAGGGUGGCUCUUGUGGGCAGGGAUUGGUCUUGUUGGUGCUCUUACUGCCAUUGCAUUAACAGGAGCUGCCACAUCUUUAUUUAGUGGUGAGAGCCCACAAAGAGAGACUGAUGCUCUUGUUAAAUUGCUUCCACUUAUUGGAUCUUCAACUAUCAGCACUGCAUGCUUGUUAGGUAUCACUGGAGUUCUUGCUCCAAUUCUUGAGGAGACUGUGUUUCGAGGGUUUUUCAUGGUGUCCUUGACUAAAUGGGUACCUACGCCCAUUGCUGUUGUUAUUAGUGCAGCUGUUUUUGCACUUGCACAUCUUACUCCUGGAGAAUUUCCCCAGCUGUUUGUGCUAGGUGCUGCUUUGGGAUUUUCAUAUGCUCAAACUCGCAACCUUCUAACCCCCAUCACAAUACAUGCUUUAUGGAAUUCAGGAGUAAUUUUGCUUUUGACCUUCCUUCAGCUGCAAGGAUAUGAUAUCAAGGAAUUGUUGCAGACAACCUGAUUGACCUUAAAUUCGUUUUAAUUGAUACUAUAGGUCAUGUUUCACUGCCUCGUCACCAUUUAUAGCUACCAUUCAUGCUAUUUAUUUUCAUUCCAUAGGACACUUAGAGAAGGAAAAAAUUAGGCUGGAGCAACCAUAUAUGUAAAAGUGGAAAAGUUUAAACACUGCAUUACAGUACUAACUAAGUUCAUAUUAUUAGGAACUAGGCUAAGUUUUUAAGAUCAUUAGGAACGGUUGGCCCAUAAGUUUGAUAAUGUGUCGUGUUAAAUCGUGUUCA